GUAUCAAAAAUCGCAGCCAUUGUCACUUGCUCACUUGAUAACAACAACAGAAACGAAAGCUUGCAUUUCAAGCUCAGUUUCUCUCUUUCUCUCUCUCUCUCUCUCUUUUUCUCUAAAACUACAACGCAAUGGCUGCACCGGCGGCAGCAACGGCUGUGGCAGUCAAUGGAGCGGUGAAGGUGGCAUCACAGGCUUAUCUGGAGAGCAAGGCUGUGAAAGACACAAGGGUUUUAAUAUCUGAUCUCUGCCGUCAGUUUUAUAACCUUGGGUGGGUCUCUGGUACAGGUGGUAGUAUCACAAUCAAGGUCCAUGAUGACUCCAUCCCUAAGUCCCAACAGCUCGUUCUCAUGUCCCCUUCUGGUGUCCAGAAGGAAAGAAUGGAACCAGAAGACAUGUAUGUCUUAGCCUCAAAUGGUUCUAUAUUGUCCUCACCAUCUCCAAAGCCUUACCCAAAUAAGGCUCCCAAGUGUUCUGAUUGUGCUCCUCUCUUCUUGAAGGCAUAUGAGAUGCGUAAUGCGGGAGCUGUUAUUCACAGUCAUGGGAUAGAAUCUUGUCUCGUAACAAUGAUCAAUCCAUUAUCAAAAGAAUUCCGAAUUACUCAUAUGGAGAUGAUAAAAGGAAUCCAAGGGCAUGGUUACUAUGAUGAACUUGUAGUACCUAUAAUAGAGAAUACAGCCUAUGAAAAUCAGCUUACAGAUUCUCUUGCUAAAGCUAUAGAAGCCUACCCUAAAACAACAGCUGUGCUUGUUCGCAACCAUGGCAUAUACAUAUGGGGGGAAUCGUGGAUCAGUGCCAAAACUCAGGCUGAAUGCUAUCACUAUUUAUUUGAUGCUGCUAUCAAACUUCAUCAAUUGGGGUUGGACUGGUCCACUCCAGAACAUGGUCCAGUUCAGAAUGUCAAAGGAAUUCUAGGCAGCAACAGAAACAUAAACACAUCUGUCAAGGCGACUGUGAAGGAUUCAAAUGAUAUUGGAGCACUGCCACGCUGCAUUGUUCUUGACAUUGAAGGGACUACUACUCCAAUAUCAUUCGUUGCUGAUGUUCUUUUUCCAUAUGCCCGGGAUAAUGUUGGGAGGCAUUUGACUACUACAUAUGAGACUGUAGAAACUCAAGAUGAUAUAAAAUUAUUGCGUUCUCAAGUUGAAGAGGAUCUGGCUCAAGGUGUUAAUGGGUCUGUGCCCAUUCCACCAGAUGAUGCAGGGAAAGAGGAGGUGGUUGCAGCCUUGGUUGCUAAUGUUGAAGCAAUGAUAAGAGCAGAUCGCAAGAUCACUGCCUUAAAACAACUGCAAGGUCAUAUUUGGAGAACAGGGUUUGAGAACAAUGAAUUGGAAGGAGUAGUUUUUGAUGAUGUACCAGAAGCACUGGAGAAGUGGCAUUGUUUGGGUGUCAAGGUGUAUAUUUAUUCUAGUGGUAGUAGAUUGGCUCAAAGGCUUAUAUUUGGAAAGACAAACUAUGGAGAUUUGAGAAAAUAUUUGUCUGGAUUUUUUGAUACUACUGUGGGGAACAAAAAAGAAACAAACAGUUAUAUCGAAAUUUCUCAGUCUUUGGGAGUUGAUAAACCAUCUGAGGUUUUGUUUAUUACUGAUGUCUUGCAAGAAGCUGUGGCUGCCAAAGGAGCAGGUUUGGAGGUGGCGAUUUCUAUCCGGCCAGGAAACGCUUCUCUUCCGGAGAAUCACGGGUUCAAGACAAUUAACAGUUUCUCAGAAAUCUGAAACCAGGAUGCAUACUUGGUGUAAUGCGCCAAAAGUGACAUGGGAGGUUAAAAUAUUUCAGUCUUUUAUGUCUAACUGUGUAUUUUAUCUGUUGAUAUAUAUGAAUUAAUAAAGCCUUUACUCCAAUAGUUUGAUUUUGAAGCAAGUUAUUGCUUGUGAUGCUUUAACUGACAAUAAAGCAACAUGAGCUUUCGUAAUGUUCUUCUAAUAUAAAACAGUGCUAGCAAUAACUUUUCUUGCCUAGACGGUCCUAAAAUUAACUAUCACCCAAGGCCUUGUUUGGU